AUGAAAAGCACGUUCAAGGAUCUAUGCGAUGACGUUAUCAUCGAACUUCUUUCUUAUUUCAACAUCCAUGAAAUAUUCUAUUCAUUUUGUUUAUUAAUUCCGAACUUACCAAGUCUACUGAAAGAUGGGCGUGUUCAAUUACAUGUUCGUUCGAACAAUACUUAUUUUAUUCGAUGGAUUUUACCACAUAUUAGUUUAACACAAGUCGUUUCACUGAGUGUCCCGACUCGACCUUAUAAUCCAUCGAUAUUUAAGUUUACCAAUCUUCGCUCGCUCGUUCUUUCUGACGUGGAUAAUCCAUUGAAACUCUUUGAAAGAAAUUCUGAUUGGCCGCCAUAUCGUCUCGAGUAUUUAUCCUUAUCGAUUCGAAAUCCCGAUGUGCGAAACAAAUCGUCAGAUAUCGGUACACGAGUGCUUGAACAUGCCUUUCAGCUGCGUGGGUUGAAGCGUUUCGAAUUACACGAAUCGAAAUCAAGCUUACGAAUGGUGGAAUUAUUCAAUGAACUAACUUUCCCAUCAACAUUUCGCUCAUCAGAUCUCGAACGUGUAAUCAUCAGUAUCUAUUGUCAUUGGUUAACUCUACAAUCGAUUCUCUCGUAUCUACCUCGUCUAAUCCAAUUCGAAUUUCAUUCGAGUUUUAGUUAUAUUCAAAAACUUUCUCCUGAACUUCGUUUUCCUUUUAUUAGGAAACUUGAUCUGCACAUUGAUUGUUUACAAACAAUCAUUCUCGGUGGAAUCUUUCGACACGCAUCUAAUCUUCGCUAUUUUAAAUUAGAUUGCUCGGUGUGUCCUUUUCAACAAUAUCACAUCGACUUAUUGCAAAGUAAAACUUGGCUGCAAUGGAUAGACACUUACACACCUCGAUUGAGAGUUUUGGACGUGGAUAUUAAAUUUCGUCCAGAUGAUAUCAACGAAACAACUGUUGUACCGAUCGGCAAAGAUCUUGAAAGACUGAAUUUUGAGAUUAGUGUCUCUCUAGAUAUUGGAGACCGUUAUUGGAAAAUGGUAGGUAAAUAUAAUAAAACAAUAACAAAAAAGCGUUAA